AUGGGUGCAUGCUUGUCCUCUCAUCGCUUCCAGGUCACGGAUGCAGAUAUCGCUUUGCAUAGAGAAGCCGAGAAGGAACUCAAGGAGGCCAAGGCAAAAUUGGCGAUCCAAGUUAAGGUCUUGCUCUUGGGAUCUGGGGAUUCUGGAAAGUCAACUGUGCUGAAGCAAAUGCGCCUCAUCCACAAAAUCCCCUUUUCACCACAAGAAAUCGAGUGGUACCGGCAGCUCACAUUUGACAACCUCACCGGCGGCUUAAAGUGUAUCCUCGAUGCGAUGGAAGACAUGGAUCUCAAGGUUUCGGAGGACAACAUUGAAUAUAUCGAUGUCAUUUACAAUGCGCGGUACUUGAGGGACGGAGAGCCGUUCCCUUUGGAAUAUUAUGGGCCACUCAAGGCGCUGUGGGCAGACGCUGGCGCUCGCAAAGCAUGGCGGAGAGGGAACGAAGCAGCCUUGCCCGAAAACUUGGAUUAUUUCUUCUCGGAUCUAAAUCGCCUGUUCGAUCCUCUAUAUCAGCCAACGGAGCAGGAUAUCAUACGUUGCCGUGCUCGGACUAUUGGUAUCAAGGAAACGGUCUUUUCUCUACGGGAACGCGAGCUUACCAUGGUCGAUGUCGGGGGACAGAAAUCCGAACGUCGGAAAUGGAUACAUUGUUUCCAGGAUGUGACAAGCAUCUUGUUCCUCGUUAGUUUGAGUGGGUACGAUCAGUGUCUGGUGGAGGAUAAGGAUGCUAACCAGAUGCAGGAUGCUAUGACGAUAUGGGACUCCAUAUGUCAUUCCCAGUGGUUCAAGUACACUUCGAUCAUCUUGUUUUUGAACAAAAAUGACCUCUUCGAAAAGAAGGUACCUCAUUCUGAUAUCAAAAACUUCUUCCCAGACUUUGAUGGUGAUGUUGGUGAUGUCCGUGCAGGCCGAGAUUACUUCAGGCGACGUUUUUCGAAAUUGGCGACUAAGGCUCGUCGACAUAAGGAGAGGGAGAUUUAUAUACAUAUAACGACAGCGACUGAUAUCGCCAUGCUUCGGGUCGUGAUGGCUGCUGUGGAAGUGUCAUUCUGCGGAUCAACCUUGCCACUGCGAAGUUGUUCAAUUAUGUCUGGUAAUAUCCGUGAUGCUCUGCUUUGA